AGAAACUAGUUGACGAGGUCCUCUACCGAAGGAGGUAUCUUCAAUGGCGACUAUUGUGGUAACAUCAGAGGAAGAUCCGGCGCUUUCUAUCGUUCGUUUCACGUCGGAACUCGCCUGGGCUGAUGCAGGACCCGAGGUUGCAGAGCCACAAGUUGCUAGAUUAUGCAUGGAGGCUCAAGAAUUCAUAGCAAUGGGUAGAUGGUUCGACUUGGCCUCUCUUCUGGUUACCUCAGCAGAUUUGAUAUUUUCAAGAGUGUCUGAAAAAGAUCUUGAGUGCAUAUUCACCAUUAUUUGUAGCCUCGUCACGAAAUCUGAAAGUAUGGAUGAAGCAUUGGAGAUGGCAAAGCUUAUAUCCACUAAAGUUAGCCAGCAAUCAUAUGACAAGCCUGCAUUACGCUUGAAGAUCUUAUUCAAUCUGUACAAUUUGUUGGAGAAUCCAUACAGCAAGUUCUAUGUUUACAUGAAGGCCCUCAACUUGGCUGUCAAUUGCAAAGUCACUGAACACAUUAUACCUUCGUUCAGAAAGAUGGAUAGCUUCUUGAAAGAAUGGAAUAUUGGGAACUUGGAUCAGAGAGAGCUCUUCCUCAUCAUCUCUAAUAUUUUAAAAGAACACAAGAGCUCUGCAAAGGAUUCAUUUUAUUUCCUGACCAAGUAUUUGGUGACUUUUUCGGGUGAGGAUGCAUAUAUGAUGAGUGAAGCAAAGGGGAAAGCAGUGCGUGCAAUUGUAGAGUUUGUUAAGGCACCAGAUAUGUUUCAGAGCGAUUUGUUAGACAUGCUUGCUGUGGGUCAACUGGAGAAGGAUGACAAAUAUGCAUUGGUAUAUCAGCUGUUGAAGAUCUUUCUAACACAGAGGCUGGAUGCCUACUUAGAUUUCCAUGCAGCAAAUUCUACUUUACUGAAAAGCUAUGGCCUUGUCCAUGAAGACUGUAUCACAAAGAUGAGGUUGAUGACACUGGCUGAUCUCGGCACUGACUAUGGCGAGAUUCCAUAUGCUCUAAUCAAAGACACACUGCGGGUUAACGAUGAUGAGGUGGAAUUGUGGGUUGUGAAGGCAAUAAACACAAAGCUGCUCGACUGUAAGAUGGACCAGAUUAACCAAGUAGUAAUUGUAAAUCUCUGUAUGGAGUGUGUGUUCGGGCUACAUCAAUGGCUGGCACUUCGAUCAAAACUUGCAACAUGGAGGGUGAGGAAGUUCCCCUGCUUCAUUUCUUAUCAUUAUUGUUGUUUCAGUUUCAUCUUUCAUGAAUCUGCAUUGCUAGAAUUGGAGCCCAAGGAAGGUGCAGUUUUAUUUUUUUAUAAUCCAGUCCUGGUAUUGUUCCAGGUCUAUAUGUUUUGUUCAAAUGGAGAACAGGCAGUCGGGCUAGUGCUAGAUAUCUAAUUUGUCCAUGUUGGACUCUGCACCUGAGACCAA